AUGUCGCAACCUACGGAAUCUAAUUCGAGGCGUCAUCCCGCUCAUAAAGUUUUUGAAGAACUUGGUCUGGUCUCACUAUACCACUCGACCAAAGAUGUCAAGAUCCUUUGCGCACAGAGGUUCAUCCGUCUCUUCGCCUAUGGCGGAUCUACUCUUGUUCUUGUAGCAUAUUUACGAGAACUCGGCGUAUCGACAACCCGCGUCGGCUUAUUCAUGACCUUGACGUUGGUUGGUGAUAUCAUCAUCAGCUUCCUGCUUGCACUGUUCGCCGAUGGCGUUGGUCGACGCGCGGUCUUGGCUUUGGGAGCAAUUUUGAUGACUGCGAGUGGAAUUGUAUUUGCCACCUCUAGUAACUACUGGAUUUUGCUUGCUGCAGCAAUCUUGGGUGUCAUUAGUCCUGGUGGCAACGAGAUCGGACCCUUCCGCGGUGUUGAAGAGAGCAUCAUCGCCCAUCUUACUGAUGCAGCACGGCGAGGCGAUGUAUAUGCUUGGUAUAGUCUCUCCGGGACAGCUGGUGGCGCCUUUGGCCUUUUGACCUGCGGCUGGAUCAUUCAUCACAUGCGCGUCAAUCUCGGCAUGGAUGUUGUUGAAGUGUAUCGCUACGUCUUCUAUGGAUACUCUGCGAUGGGAGUGCUAAAGUUGCUCUCGGCCAUCAUCUUGAGCUCUGCUGUUGAAGUUCACCAUGAGCCCGAGCAAGAUUCUUCAGCGGACAACGGUGAACAAGCACCCCUGCUUCCCGACAACGCUCAAGUUCAAAGCGCCGACCAGCCUCAGCCCAAGAAACAACUCCGAGCUCGAAUUUCUCGUGACAGUAUCCCGACUGUUGUGACCCUUUGCACUCUGUUGGCUUUGGAUAGCUUUGCUUCAGGACUGGCUCCUCUCUCAUGGAUCACUUACUACUUCAAAUCCUACUAUCAUAUCGAGGAAGGAAAGUUGGGUUCCAUCUUCUUCACCACGAGUAUCAUCGCCGCUGUAUCGAUGCUGGUAGCAUCUUCUCUUGCCAAGCGAUUCGGCAAUGUUCGAACUAUGGUAUUUACUCACCUUCCAUCAGCGGUCUUCUUGGCUCUCGUCCCCAUUCCCAACGACGUGCACCUAUCAGUUCUCUUCCUCAUUCUACGAUCAUGCACUCAGUCAAUGGAUGUUGCACCCCGUUCAGCUUUCCUCGCCGCUAUCAUCAAACCAAAAGAGAGAACAGUUGUCAUUGGUCUUAUCAACGUGGCCAAGACAACUUCUCAGAGCCUUGGACCUCUCAUCACAGGACUACUGGCAGAUUCGAACUAUUUCUGGGUUUCUUUCAUCAUGGCUGGAUCUUUAAAGGUAUGCUAUGACUUGGGAUUCCUCGGACUCUUCAAGCAUCAUGAACACGUGGAAGCAAAGCGAAGCCACGAGGAAGAGGGAAGCCAGUGA